AUCGCUUAACUAUUCAGCCAGAAAUUAUAAAACAUGUCUCAAGAUACGCCCAAAGUUCUCUCAAUUCAAAGCCAUGUCGUACACGGAUACGUCGGUAAUAAAAGUGCCGUUUUUCCUUUACAAGUAUUAGGAUUUGAAGUUGAUUCUAUCAACACGGUCCAAUUCUCAACACAUACUGCAUAUAAACACAUAAAAGGCAAUGUGUUGAAAAAUGAAGAAAUGGAGGAACUCAUUGAGGGUCUGACAUUAAAUGAGGUUGACUAUUACACACACCUCAUUACUGGCUACUCGAGAUCACCAGACUCUUUAAAACAAAUUGCUGGAAUCAUCAAAAAGCUGAAACAGAAAAAUCCUAACUUAAUAUAUGUUUGCGAUCCAGUCAUGGGCGACAACGGCAAAAUGUACGUUCCAGAAGACAUAUUGCCCGUAUACCGCGACAUAGUGGUGCCACUAGCAGACAUCAUCACUCCCAACCAAUUCGAAGCUGAACUAAUGACUGGCCUUCAAGUUAAGGACGUAAAGGGAGCUUGCAAAGUUAUUGAAGUGCUGCAUAGUAAAGGCGUUAAGACUGUAGUGCUGUCGAGCACGGAUUUGGGCGAUACUGACAAUAUGAUUGCAAUUGCCAGCUCAAAUGGUGAAUGUUACACCAUCCAGAUCCCGAAAGUGGACGCGACUUUCACGGGCACCGGGGACCUGUUCGCCGCGUUGUUCCUGGCGUGGUCGUAUAAAACUGGCGACAACUUGAAACUCACGCUCGAGAAGACGAUUGCUACUAUGCAGGCCAUUGUUAAAGAUACAUAUCAGAAAGCUAGAGCCAAACAACCUACUGGCAAGGUGCCCCCGGCGCUGAUAGAGCUCAGAUUGAUACAGAACAAAACCACCAUCGAAGAUCCGGCCAUACAAAUAAAUGCUAAGACCAUGAAUUGUAGUUGUUAAGAUAAUAUAAUAAUUUAUUGUUAUCUAGAUUCCGUUUAAGCUAACU